UCUUUUCAUCGAAUUUCAUUUCCGGUAAAAUUGUAGCGCAGCUUGUGUGAUGUGUGCGUAUAGUAAAUGUAAUUUUACAUAAUUUUCGUUAAUAAAUGCGAUAAAUACCGCAACUUAUAGUGAAUAUUGAUUAGGUACUAAGUUUGUUAAAUUAGAAUAUAAAAACAGGUAAGUUUAUCUUGGGGUUGUUUGAUUUUGCGCUUGUGCUUGCGGCGGCGCCAUAUUGUGUGACGAAAUCCAGGGGUCUUUCGGUGUAUCAAAUUCAAUUCCAAAAGAAGAACUUAUAAAAAUGGUAGGAUCCCGAGUUUAUGUUGGUGGUUUGCCAUUUGGUGUUAGGGAGAGAGAUCUUGAAAAAUUCUUCAAAGGAUUUGGCAGAAUCCGAGACAUACUCAUCAAGAAUGGAUAUGGUUUUGUGGAAUUUGAAGACUACAGAGACGCAGAUGAUGCAGUUUAUGAAUUAAAUGGAAAGGAACUGCUUGGAGAAAGGGUGGUGGUGGAGCCGGCGCGAGGCAUCGACCGCAGCGCGGACCGCCACCGGCGCGACCGCUACUACGAGCGCGACCGCGGCCGGUCGCGAUACGAUUCGGUAAGUCGGCCUCACCCUUCGCACCGCGCAAGUCCGUCAGGAAACGACUCAGUCAAACGUGACAACAAUUACAGAUACGGCCCGCCGACGCGCACGGAGUAUCGACUAAUCGUCGAAAAUCUGUCUAGCCGCAUUAGCUGGCAGGACUUGAAGGAUUACAUGCGCCAGGCCGGUGAAGUGACCUACGCCGAUGCGCAUAAGCAGCAUAGAAAUGAGGGUGUGGUUGAGUUCGCCUCACACUCUGACAUGCGUGCAGCUAUAGAAAAGUUGGACGGAACUGAGCUCAACGGUCGUCGCAUCCGUCUCGUCGAAGAUCGUCGCUCGUCCCGUCGCCGCACGCGCUCGUCCUCGAGCCGUUCCCGCUCACGAUCCCGCGAGCGUCGCCGCUCCAGCCGCUCCCGAUCAAAGUCCCGCCCGAAGAGCAAGAGUCCCGCAGCCAAAUCCCGCUCGCGCUCCCGCUCAAAGGACCGCAGCCGCUCCAGGUCGCCGUCGCGUAAGUCGGAGCGCCGCUCGGCGUCGCGCGCCUCCCGCGCCCGCUCGCCGCGCAAGUCGCAGGACAAGAACGGCCGCCGCUCGGACUCGCGCUCCAAGUCCCGCUCGCCCAAACACGACUCCAAGGAAAGAUCUCGUUCCCGCAGCAAGGACGCGGGGUCGCCCAAGCGUGAAGCGAGCAAGGAACGCCGCGGGGCAAGCAAGUCGCGCUCUCGCUCCCGGUCGCGCUCCGGAUCCCGCGACCGCUCCGGCUCCCGGGACCGGUCCCGUUCCGGAUCUCCCCGGCAGAACGGUGACACCCAGGACCGUGGCGGCAGCACCGAUCGCUCUCCCCGUAGUGGAGACUAAACUAGAAAUAAGGCUUACGGUGCAUCUUCACAUUGGCUAUUCAAUACUCAAAUUCUUCCCCGAAUAUGGAUCUAUCAAUCGAUUAACUAUUGAAGUAACAACUAAUUUAACAUUGGAUUCACUUUAGAUUAAGAACAUUUAUAAAUACUAGGAAGUGUCUAGACUUCCACAAGCGGCCGUUUGGUAGUUAAAAAAAUUCAAAGUUUUUAACAUCGGCGCAAAGUUGCCUGUCUAUCAGUUUAAGGAUAUAUUUCGGAGAGUGAACAAUAACUUUUCGACCUAGAGCUACUAUCUUACUGCAAGGCACCGCCAAGGUCUGCACCCGUACGUAGUCGAAAUUCCACGGAUACGUACGAAGCGAUUCGCCUCCUCAUUUAUAACUUGGAACGCCCUUCCAACAUCAGUUUUCCGCUCGUCAUAAUAUGGGUACCUUCAAGUCAAGAGUGAAUAGGCACCUUCAAGGCAAGCCCCUCCAGUAAUAGACUUUAAUUUAAUUUACGUUUAAUGUAAGAUUAAGUAUUUUGUGACAAACAGCGUAAAAUAUUAUUUAGUUUGUAGACUUUUGUCAACGCCAUUCAUGUAUAGAAAUGCAAGUUAUUGUUCACAAAAAACUUUAUUUCAUAUUCGGGGAAGAAAUAUAAAAACGUUUUGAAUAGCUAAAGUGAGGGUACAGUUAAAAUAUCUAAUAGUUUUAAUUUAAAAUAACGUGUAGUGUGUAUGAUCUCGUGACUUUUUCGAUAUUUUUUUUAUUUUAACGUUGGACAACUUGUGUCACUUAUGAUGUUAUGUUAGGACUAUCGCCGGCUCGGUAAGCAAAUUCUACUGGGAAGAGCAGGCAAGAAACUCUGCAGUUACUCUUUAAAAAGAAACUAAGUGCCUAUUCGGUUUUAUACUUAAUCUUUUUCCGCAAGUGAAAAGAAUAGCAUUACUUUUAGAUUAUUAAAUUGGAAUAGGCAUGCCUUCACUGCGAUGCGAGGAUUUGAAAUGAAUGCAAUGCAUCCAAUCACAAGUUUCGUAUAAAAAAUACAGGGGGUGGAAAAUAGUACAAGCCUGUCUAUGUACAGUCAGUCACGUAUUAAAUUCAAAUCAUUAUUGUCUUGUGGGCUAGUGAAUUAAAAAGUUUUUGACGUAAGGUUAAUUGCACGUAAUAGAUUUAAGAAAUGAAAGAGAAAGUUUUGUGUACUUUUCUAAUGAAGUAAAACAAAUGGUUAAUUAAGUAUAUAUUUUUGAUUUAUGUGCAAUCCCAACGUUCAUUUGAUCAACAAUUUUUGAACGAGAAUAAUUCUUACGUUAAGGUACUUUGUAAAUAUUAAAUUGUUUUUAAGGCACCAAAUAAAUAAAUAAGUUG